AUGACAAAAACUCAAACGAGAAACCCAAAAAGACAUGUUGGAGGUACCACAAAGUGGGACACUUCAAAGGUGAAACUUCCAGGAAACUACAAAGGUUCGGGUGAAGCCGGUCCAAGUGGGUCCAAGGAUCCACCGACACAAACAGAGUCAGUUGCAAGCAAUGUUUACGAAACACCUAACGGCAGUAGGUAUUGGACGCCAGUUGUGCCGCCCAGUUGCAAACUCUUUGUCAAGGCCAGAUUUAGUUCGAUGGAAGCUGCUAUUGCAAUGUACGAGGAAUAUGCACAACUUGCAGGUUUUUGUACACGGUUGGGUACUUCUAAGAAAGAAAAGAUCGGCGACAAAGUAAUAACAAAUUUGCGAUAUGUCUUGUGUUCUAGAGCCAACAAACCUAAAGACACUGAUGGUCAACCAUCUGAGGUUGAUACUAUUUCCCCCAAAAGACGCUCAAACAUAAAAGUUACAGACUGUAAAGCCUGUGUAAAAUUUAAACGCGUGAAGGAUACAGAUGAGGUAGAGUUAUAUAAAUGGGUAGAACAACAUAACCAUGGGUUUACGUCUCCUGAAAAUCUUGAUUUAUCUCUAAAGAAGAGGAAGCAUGAUUUUUCCACCACCGAGUUUAUAGCAAAAUGCCGUAAUGCUAACAUUGGUCCCAUGAAAUCCCACAAACUUCAGGUUGUCAUAAAAGGUGGUCAUCAUAACGUACAGGGCACUGUUGUUGACUAUAAAAAUUGUGGUAGAGAUAUCCGAGAUUUCAUCGACAAAAGAGACGCCCAAAUGUUAGUUGAUAAAAUGAACGCAAGAUGCAAGAACAAAGAAAACUAUACUUUUGAUACCCAGAUUGUUGACACAGAACUCCAAUUGAUUUUUUGGUGUGAUAAUGUUUCGAAAAUGAAUUACGAAGCAUUUGGGGAUGUUUUGGCUUUUGAUGCAACGUACCACACGAACAUGUACGAUAUGAUUUUUGUUCCAUUUACUGGCGUUGAUCAUCACAAAAAAUGCAUGAUUUUUGGUGCUGGGCUGCUUCAUAACGAGACAAUCGAGUCAUACACAUGGCUUCUUCAAAAAUUUCUCCAAGCUCAUAACGGCAGACAACCUCUUUUGGUUCUAACCGAUCAGGAUUGUGCCAUGAAACAAAUCAAGGGAGACAACUUGACAAAUAUUGAGAUAAAAGAAAAGUUUCACAAGCUUGUUUGGAACGUCUAUAUCAAACCUGAAACAUUUGAGCAAAGGUGGAAUUCAUUGAUUACUGAAUAUGGGUUAGAGUCUCAUAAAUGGUUGACAGAGAUGUUUUCAAUUCGGGAGCAAUGGAUUCCGGGUUACUUUCGUGAAAUACCCAUGAGCACUUUAAUGAAAACGACAUCCAGAUGCGAAAGUGCAAAACACAUGUUCAAAGCAGACUCGAGCGCACAUAAUACAUUAGUUCAAUUUAUGUUGUGUUAUGACACGUCCAUCGAUGGGUUAAGAAACAAGCAACGGGAAGUUUGCAAUCAUACUGAGACCACCAACCCAGAAAAAUUCAAAACAAGCUACAGGAUUGAACGUCAUGCGAACGUCGUUUACACAAGGAAAAUUUUCUACGAGGUUCAAAAGCAAAUUUUCAAUGGUACAGAAUUUAGGUACAUUGCGGAACGGUCACUGGUUGAUGGCGUUCAUUGUUUUACAGUUGCUCAUCUAGAUCACGAAAAGGAAGUUGUUAACGAGUUCAAGGUUAGCCAACUAUCACUACUUACUAACAUUAUUACCUAA